UCCGAUAAAACAACUCCGCAAACAUUGUGGUUAUCUCCCUUUAUAAAGGUGGAGAAAAUAAACAAGAAGUGGCUGCACUGUCUGUAACUUACUGUCAGACAACAAAUAAACAAAAUAAUAGCCUACUUGAGAAUAAAACUUACUCUUGAAUACCAAAGGAUAAAAACAUUUUAAAAAUGGCAGCAGUUACAUUAGAAACGGAAUCAGACUGGAGAAGAAGAUUUAAACCAGAUCUAAAAGUUGCAACAUGGCGGAAACUAACUCUUGUCAGUGGAAAUUAUUUGUUAAAAACUUUCUUUACACAAAAUUCUUAUGAGGUACUGAUCACUGACCUGUGUUCUUUUUGGCACGAAAAAAUGGAAGAACAAGAAUUGAAAAAGAGAAUUCAGAAAUUGAAUCCAAGUAUAGAGGCACCAUUAACCAAAGUUUUAGAUCAAAUUAAUCAAAAUGUUAACAUUCCGAUGAAUCAAGAUGAUCAUUUAUCUGUGACAAUGAAAGACUGUGAAGAUGGCGGUCAGAAUUGUAUUAUGUCAAUUAAUUCACAAUUAGCUGGAAUGCCUUUUAUCUGGAAAUUUGUUUGUGAACCAGCAGAUAGUGAAUUGGCUAAAGAAAAUCUCACAGUACCUCUUAUGGCUAUGGUUUCGGAAUUGUUACGUCGUCAACAAGAAUUAUUUAGUAUUAUUUAUAAAAAAGAUAAAGAAAUUGAAGAUUACAAGUCACAGGGUGCCAGAAUCAGUAGAAGAUAUUUAGUUACACCACCAUUUAAUGCAAUAGGAUUUUUCCACAAUAUGAAUGUAUCUGCUGGUUUUGAAGCUGAAAUGAGAAAGAAAGGAAUGUAUGUAUUUAAUGAGAUAGGAGGUAAAUUAUAUGAAGCUGUAAUGAUAAAACAAGCCUGGAUUAAUAAAUCACCUCUUAAAAGAAAAGCUGAUGAAUCUCUUGAAGAUGCUGAUAGUUUAACUGAUGAUGUUCCUAAAGAACCAAGUGUAGCUUCCUGGUCAAAUAGAUUACCACCAUCCAUGACAGAAACCAAGGCGGAAUCUCCAAAAUCAUCUGUUAAUAAUACCCCUGAAAGUUCACCAGCUAAGGAAGAAUUAUUACGCCGAGAACGACUAGAACGCCAAUUACAAGAAGAAGAGCAGAAAAAACAAGAAAAGGCUAAAAAAAAGAAAAAAAUGGCAUUUUGAUAUAUAUAUACCAAUAUUUCACAGAAACACCUUCAUUCUUUAUUUACAGUGUAUCAUAUUCAUUUUUAUUUCAUUUUUAUUUCAUUUUUUAAGAUUAUAUAAGUUAGAGUAAAUCAUGAAAUAGUAAAUUGUUGUGCUAGAUUAAUUUUUUUUUUUAUUGUUCAUUGAUAUAAAAAUAUUUAUUAUUUAAUAAGUAUCACUUUA